AUGAAGAGCGUUUUCUUUGCACUGACAGCAGCUGCCACGGCGGCUGCCCAAUGGCACGGCGGAGCGGGUGGAGGCUGGCAAGGUGGCCACGGCGGGGGAUGGCAAGGUCAUGGUAACGGUAAUGGCAAUGGAUACGGUGGUCACCAAGGCUGGCAGCACGGCCCACCAGGCGGUGGCGAUGUUGCGCCUCUACCACCGAGCUCGACUCGUGGCAACACCACUUUCACGCAGCUUACAGACCACAACAAUCCAGAUGUUGGCACCUUCCAGCAGUUCUACAUGUGGGAUACCACCUACUACAAAGGUCCAGGCUCACCUAUCAUCCUCUUCACGCCCGGUGAGGUCAAUGCUUCGGCCUACACGAGCUACCUUGGCAUCAACCGGACAACUGGUGUCCUGGCCCAAGAGAUCGGCGCAGCAGUCAUCGUAAUCGAGCACAGGUACUGGGGCGCAUCUUCACCAUACACAGAGCUUACGACGGCGAAUAUGACAUAUCUGACUCUCGACCAAGCGGUCCACGACUUCACCUACUUCGCAAACAACGUCAAGCUGCCUUUUGCCAAACCAGGAAGCAAUGCCAAGGAAGUCCCAUGGGUGUGGAUUGGAGGCUCAUACUCCGGAGCCCUCGCAGCAUGGAUCGAGAGCGUAGACCCGGGUACUAUCUGGGCAUAUCUGGCAUCCAGCGCACCUGUAGAAGCUAUCUCAGACUACUGGGCGUAUUUCUUGCCGGUCCAAGAGGGCAUGCCGCAGAACUGUAGCUCGGAUGUCAAUCUUGUCAUUGAGCACAUGGAUACUAUUUUGACGACUGGUUCUGCUGCGGAGAUUCUUGAGCUAAAGACGAUGUUUGGUCUGCAAAAUGUCACGCAUAAUGAUGAUUUUAUGAACGUGUUGGAGAAUGGACCGUGGUUGUGGCAGAGUAACCAGUUUUAUACCGGCUACUCUGGCUUCUUCCAAUGGUGUGAUGCGAUCGAGGGCAUGACUAAUGCCACCAACACGACUGUCCGCCCUGGUCCCGAAGGCGUAGGCCUCGAGAAAGCACUUGCCGGGUAUGCCAGUUGGGUCAAUACGACAUUCCUACCAGGCUACUGUGAGACAUACGGCUACGAUGUGUUCAACGGCACAUACAAUACCUAUUGCUUCAACACAUACGAUCCCACAUCGCCCAUCUUCACAGAUACUUCGCUGGCCAACACUUUCAAUCGCCAAUGGGAGUGGAUGCUGUGCAAUGAGCCCUUUGGAUAUUGGCAGGAUGGCGCACCUCAAGGUCGCUCAACGCUCGUUUCCCGACUCGUGGAUGCUAACUACUGGAUCCGUCAAUGCGGCCUGUAUUUCCCGACCGAAGACGGGCAGACAUACGGUAUCGCCAAUGGCAAGACGGAAGCACAAGAGAACAGCUACACAGGCGGAUGGUACAUCGACAACAGCACACGCCUGCUCUACGUCAAUGGUGGCUAUGACCCAUGGCGGGAGGCGAGUGUGUCGUCCGAGCUCCGACCUGGUGGACCGCUGCAGAGUACGGAGCAAGUGCCCGUGAACAUCGUGCCGGGUGGAUUCCAUACCAGUGACUUGGUUACAGCGAACGGGAAGGCGAAUACGACGGUACAGGCGGUCAUUGAUAAAAAUGUCGCGCAGAUGGCUGCUUGGGUGGCGGAGUGGCCGAAGGGGUGGCAUUGGUUGGCUUAG